AUGGGGGGACGCAACUCCCACCCACAGAACCUGGCCUGGGGUGCCCAGCUGUGUGGGGUGCCGGCACCCAGGGAGCAUGCCAGCUCUCUGCCGUGGGCACAGCACCUUGCACGCUGGUACCCCGGCAAUGUCCGUGCCCCAUACCGCACGGAGGGGGCUUUGCAGAGGCACCAGGCCGACCUGGAGCAGACUGGACUGACCGCGGCGGCACUGAGCCGUUUCCGGGUCUCGGAGUCUGCAGACUUGGAAACGUUUGGGGGCCUCUGUGGGGUCUCACGAACAGUCCCUGCCCACCGGCCGGCGGCUGGCGUCUUCAUCCUGUCGGGACGCGCGGCCAUCUGUGCCCCCUUCCCGGGACACUUCGUCCUGGGCAGCCGGUCCCCGGCCACGGGGCUCCGGCCCGCCGUGUCCGCGCUGGCCCUGGACGCGCCCGCGGCGGGGCCGCGGAGUCAGGGGCAGGCCACAGAGAGCCUCGGGCGCGGCGGCAGCCAGGCGGAGCCGGCCUUCGUGGACCGGUUUGGGUUCAGCGUGGCGACCUGCUGUGGAUACCUGGCCCAGGUCAAUGACUGGCAGGAGGACUGGGUGGCCUUCUACGCCCGGCAGCGCAUCCAGCCCCAGAUGGACAUGGUGGAGAAGGGGUCUGGGGACAGGGAGGCCCUGGAGCUCUGGGCCGCCCUGCAGCGGAAGAUCCCCGGCCUGUUCCGCGACCUGGACAUCGUCCCCGCCUUGCUCCACGGGGACCUGUGGUCCGGAAACGUGGCCGAGGACGCCUCCGGGCCCGUCAUCUUUGACCCUGCGUCCUUCUACGGCCACUCGGAGUACGAGCUGGCGAUAGCCGGCAUGUUCGGGGGCUUCAGCAGCUCCUUCUAUGCCGCCUACCACGCCCAGAUCCCCAAGGCCCCCGGCUUCGAGACGCGCCUGCGGCUGUACCAACUCUUCCACUACCUGAACCACUGGAACCACUUCGGGUCGGGGUACAGGGGCUCCGCCCUCAGCAUCAUGAGAGACCUCACCCAGACCGCAGGGCUCGGCUCAGCGGGCGUCUGCUCCCCCAGUCUGGGUGCAGUGCGUGCGCAGGAGGCGAAAGGGGCCCACCGGGUGUGGUCCCCAGGGGGCUCUUGUGUCCCCCACCUGACUUGGGGGGCCCAGAGCCCAGUGGGGGAUCGGGGUCUUGGGCUUGUCAGGAGGGGGAGGACGCAGCUGAACUCGAGGUCCAGGGUGAGUCAAGCCCAUAAGCCCCUGGACUCCGCUCCCCAACAUUCACGCUUGUGUGUGUCGGCCGGCCGGCCCUGGGGACACUGCCGUCUGCUGGGAGAGGGGGCCGGUCGGGAAAGGUGGGCUGAGGUCCCAUGGGUCGCUGCCCUUGCCGAGCCAGCCCCCCCAGGCAGGUGCAGGCCUCGCCGGGCGUCCCCGGCAGGGCAGGCCCGUGUCGCCACGCGGCCCAGCCCUCAUGGCGCCCGGAGGAGUGACCGCCGGAGAGCGGCCAGGCACCUGCAGAGGCCUGCGCCUGCCCAGCUGUCCCCAGUGGGACGGCACCUCCCCUCUAGGCCACCUCUCAGCGGGAGUGGGGAGAGGCGGGCUGGGCAGCCAGGGCAGUGCCUGGGUUCUGGCCCUGCAUCCGCCAAGGGCUGUGGGCGCUGCCCGUACAGUGCCCCCGGGCUGCCACGCGCACGUGCUCCCCGGACCCCUCCGGAGGUUCCCCAGGCAGACACCGGCCAGCAGCCUGCGGCCCAGCGUGGCCUGGCUGCGCCUGCGCACGGGCCGCUCACCCGGUGCCCCCGCAGGCCUGUUGCCCAGACCUGGCCGCGCUCGGGGGGCUGCCCCCCGCUGCCUGCAGCUGGCUCGAGGUGGGGCGGGCGCCCCAUCCAGCGCGGUGGGCAGCGCAGCCGGCUGUCAUCAGGAGGCCUGCUGGGGGGGGCGUUGCCCGGGGUCAGAGCCCCAGAGCAGCCUGUCUGUGACCAGCACUGGGUGCUCUGAGCAAACCAACCCAGCAGCCUGAGACACAUGGUCAGUGGCCUGCAGCUCCCAGGGCGUGCCCCGGGGCCUGGGCUGGCAUGAGGGCAGCCGGGGGCUGCAGGGACCGGCGGUGGACUGAGGGGCUACCUCGGCCUCGCCCCUUCCAAGCUGGGUUUGGUGAGGGGAGCAGGAGACCCAGGUGGGCUGCACUGGGCCCGGCAGGAGCUGCCCGAAAGCUCCUGCUCUGGGCUUGGUCCGGCCCCCAGGGCCAGGCAGAGGCAGGAGCUUGGCCCCGCCCAUCGUCCCGCCCCCAGGGGAC